UUUUCGUAUAUAAACCGAGAACAAAGGCCAGAAAUACCAUCAAAGUACAAGAUAUUGUAUAACAAUCAAAAUGAAUAACUUUCAAUUAUUUUCCAUAUUGUUUGGCAUUCUAUUUAUUUUUUCCAUCUCUUCCGAUGCACGUCCUAACAGAUCUUUAUUGAAAAAUGAGCAACAUUCAAAGUUGAUAGUCAAACGCUCACCAAAUAGCUGUGACAGUAGCUCUGACAGUAGCUCUGACAGUAGCUCUGACAGUAGCUCUGACAGUAGCUACGACAGUGAGUGUGUCAUUUCUUGCUGUACUACAAAGACGACUACUACUACACAAGCAAGUAAACCACUUGUAACUACUAUAUCCCCUCUUGUACAAGACAAAUAUACUGAAGUAUCUACUAAAGCCCCUCUUAGACUAAUUUCAAGUAAUAGAGGGAAUAAUGUUUAUAUACGGGGCGCCUUAACACCGCCAAAACCUGCCAAGUAGGUAGGGAUUAAAAUGUAUUGAAACUUUUCAAUACCUUUUAAUUCUGCUUUCUUCCGAAUACUAUAUUGAAUCCCUACAAGAGUAUUAGAAGGGAUCAAAAGGCAUUAAAUUAAAAUUAAUUAUUAUUAAAUAAUAAUUCUGUUAGAAUUCUAAUUCUUUCCUUGAAAAAGUAUUAAAAGGUAUUAAACACGAACAAUAGUGGAUGGCAUUGACUUCAUUCAACUCCUAAUUUUUAUUAAGACAUUGAAUGGCAUUCAAAUUUUACAUAAAAUUUUUAUGAAUUAAAAUUAAAGGAUUGAAACCAGGCAGAUUUAUAACCUACCAAAGGCAUUAACUGGGAUUCCGGAAAGAAACGGAAUUAAUUAACAUUUAAAGGCAUUUGAUUGUCUGUUUUUUUAAAUGCUAACACAGCCCCACAAAAAAAAAAAGUGUCGUGCGCGGCAGACCAGACUAGUCAUUUCCUAUGUAUUUUGACGCGCUGAACACGAAUCCGAAGUCCGUUUUGCUCCAUCACGUCAGGAUUUUUUUCUAACCUCCAAAAACCUGUCGGAUUUUGAGAGGUAGGCUAUUUUUUUUUAAAUUGAUGGAUUUACUUCAAACUUGGUAUCUAGGGGUUUUUUUGGUCGCUGAUGACGAAUUUGAAGUUAGAUUUUCAAAAUUCAAAAUGGCGGCUCCAAUAUGGCGGACGAAUUUUGUAAAAAUUGAUGGAUUUACUUCAAACUUUGUAUCUAGGGGUUUUUUGGGUCGCUGAUUACGAAUCUAAAGUUAGAUUUUCAAAAUUUAAAAUGGCGGCUCCAAUAUGGCGGACGAAUUUUGUAAAAAUUGAUGGAUUUACUUCAAACUUGGUAUCUAGGGGUUUUUUGGGUCGCUGAUUACGAAUCUGAAGUUAGAUUUUCAAAACUAUGGAAAUUCUUAUAUACAUAAGUAAGGUAUUCACGUCUGUUUAUGGUAGCGCACUCUUUUGUCCUCAAAGGAUCUGUGUAAUGGUUUUCUUUUUAAAUUGGUGCCUCCAGGUACAAUAUCCCUUUUUAGCAUCCAACAGUAGUCGGCCAUCAUAUUUACAUCCCAUCUUCCUUGAUAACGACGCUCAAAUUCUUUCAGAUCUUGAUGAAAUCGUUCUCCUUGUUCUUCACUGUAAUCUCCCAAAUUUUCAGGGAAUUGAUCCCGAUGCGAGUCUAAGUAAUGCAACUUUAUGCUCAUUAAGCAUCCUAACUUACCAAAGUUUUUAAUCAUAUCACUAACUAUUUGCUCCCAAUUUUCACUCUUGUGAUUACCCAGAAUAUUUUCGACAACUGCUUUAAAACUAAGCCAUGCGGCUUUCUCCUUUUUAUUCAUCUUGGUGAUAAACUGCUCAUCUUUUAACAAUUUGCGAAUACGUGGUCCGUCGAAAACCCCUUCUUUUAGUUUAGCAUCAGAGAUUUCUGGAAACUUUUGUUCCAGGUAUUUGAAACAGUUUCCUUUUUUAUCUAAGGCUUUGACAAACUGUUUAAUUGCUCCUAGUUUCGUGUGUAAGGGCGGAAUUAUCACCUUUGAAGGGUCGAUAUCGUCCGCCAUAUUGGAGCCGCUAUUUUAAAUUUUGAAAAUCUAACUUUAGAUUCGUAAUCAGCGACCCAAAAAACCCCUAGAUACAAAGUUUGAAGUAAAUCCAUCAAUUUUUACAAAAUUCGUCCGCCAUAUUGGAGCCGCCAUUUUGAAUUUUGAAAAUCUAACUUCAAAUUCGUCAUCAGCGACCCAAAAAACCCCUAGAUACCAAGUUUGAAGUAAAUCCAUCAAUUUUAAAAAAAAUAGCCUACCUCUCAAAAUCCGACAGGUUUUUGGAGGUUAGAAAAAAAUCCUGACGUGAUGGAGCAAAACGGACUUCGGAUUCGUGUUCAGCGCGUCAAAAUACAUAGGAAAUGACUAGUCUGGUCUGCCGCGCACGACACUUUUUUUUUUGUGGGGCUGUGUAAUUAAUACCUUUUAAUACACUCCUUCUUGCCGGGUUAGAGCCUAAAGAUAUGCUAUUGUAUGCAUUUGACGAGUGUAAAAUGGAGUUUAGACCCAAAGAGAUACCCAAGUAGCACGGAAUAUUGCUUGAAUGUCAAGGUGAUAUCGAGUGGGAAUAUUCCUGUGACAUACAGGUGAUAUUCGCGUGACAUUCAUAUGAUACUGAGGGAAUAUUCCGUGCUACUUGGGUAUGUAAUACAAUUUUGCCAUAAGUUUUUAGAAAAAAAUAAAAAGUUUAGAAAAAAAACUAAAAAAAUAGUAAUAAAUUAAAAUUUUUGUAUGUUUACACGCAAAAAGCUUAUUGAACUACGAAUUGUACGAAAAUCAAAUUUUUUCAUAUAUAUUUAUACUCAUGGUAUUUUUUAACACAGCAACUGUAAUUUUACGUUUAUGUUAUAUAAUAACAUGCAAAUUGUCAAAUUAUACUUAUAUUAUGUUUUAAUACUAGCAGCUUGUACUUUAAUUUACUACGUCGGACGUGAAGCAAAUAAUUUCCAACGUCCGACGUUGUAAAUUUCCAACGGAAUUUUUUACAGUGUAAAUUAGAGAGUUAGCUAAAAUGACGAUUAGGUCAAACAAAAAUUAGAGCAAAUAAAGUUUAUGGCAAAUAAAAAUUAGAUUAAAUACAAUUUUAGGCCAUAUGAUGAUUGUUACAAUCAAAUUUAGACCAAUUGAAAUUUGAAGAAAAUUCAUGAGUGCUUCUUUCUAUGUAUUAUGAUUGUUUUAUGAUUGUUCAAUAAUUAUUUUUUAUAUUUCAUAUUA